GCUAUGAACCUUAAGAUUAGACUACCAGUUUGAAUCUAAAUGAGCUGCCCUCUUCUCCUACAAAAGAAAAGUUGGGCAGGUAGGGUAUUGUAAUGAGGGUUUCUCUUUCUCUUAAGCAAAUGAUGAUCAAAGCAACUGACAAACUGUCACGGAAUCUGCCAGACCUCACUCUGGCCUUGCUGCUUCUCUCCAGCUCCUGAACUUUUCUUCCUUUUGUCAUGCUCUGAGCCCAUUCCUUGAAAACUAACAGGUCCCUGACUUCUGGUCUGCAGACAUCCUGGGCCUGCUGAGCUCUGAUUCAAGUGCCUGCCUCUGCCCCUUGGUAGGCUGAAGCUUCAUGGAGGUAUCCUCCAACUCCUCCAACAUCGAUCCAGGCAACUAUGUUGAAAUUAACGAUUCAAUCGCCCACCUACCUUCUAAAGUGGUGAUACAAGAUAUUACUAUGGAGCUACACUGCCCACUGUGCAACGAUUGGUUCCAUGACCCACUGAUGCUAAGCUGUGGCCACAACUUCUGUCAAGCCUGUAUCCAAGACUUUUGGAGGCUGCAAGCAAAGGAAACAUUCUGUCCUGACUGCAAGAUGCUAUGUCAGUAUAGCAACUGUACAUUCAACCUUGUACUGGACAAGUUGGUAGAGAAGAUUAAGAAGUUACCCCUACUCAAGGGCCAUCCACAGUGCCCAGAGCAUGGAGAGAACCUGAAACUGUUCAGUAAACCAGAUGGGAAACUGAUCUGCUUUCAAUGCAAGGAUGCUCGGUUGUCUGUGGGGCAGUCUAAGGAGUUCCUGCAAAUCUCUGAUGCUGUCCAUUUCUUCACGGAGGAGCUUGCCAUCCAACAGGGUCAACUGGAGACAACUCUGAAGGAGCUUCAGUCCCUGAGGAACAUGCAGAAGGAAGCUAUUGCUGCUCACAAGGAAAACAAGCUACAUCUGCAGCAACAUGUGUCCAUGGAGUUUCUAAAGCUGCAUCAGUUCCUGCACAGCAAAGAAAAGGACAUUUUAACUGAGCUCCGGGAAGAGGGGAAAGCCUUGAAUGAGGAGAUGGAGCUGAAUCUGAGCCAGCUUCAGGAGCAAUGUCUCUUAGCCAAGGAUAUGUUGGUGAGCAUUCAGGCAAAGACGGAACAACAGAACUCCUUCGACUUUCUCAAAGACAUCACAACUCUCUUAGAUAGCUUGGAGCAAGGAAUGAGGGUGCUGGCAACCAGAGAGCUUAUUUCCAGAAAGCUGAACCCUGGCCAGUACAAAGGUCCUAUCCAGUACAUGGUAUGGAGGGAAAUGCAGGACACUCUCUGUCCAGGCCUAUCUCCACUAACUCUGGACCCUAAAACAGCUCACCCAAAUCUGGUGCUCUCCAAAAACCAAACCAGCGUCUGGCAUGGUGACAUUAAGAAGGUAAUGCCUGAUGAUCCAGAGAGGUUUGACUCAAGUGUGGCUGUGCUGGGCUCAAGAGGCUUCACCUCUGGAAAGUGGUACUGGGAAGUAGAAGUAGCAAAGAAGACAAAAUGGACAGUUGGAGUCGUCAGAGAAUCCAUCAUUCGGAAAGGCAGCUGUCCUCUAACUCCUGAGCAAGGAUUCUGGCUUUUAAGACUAAGGAACCAAACUGAUCUAAAGGCUCUGGAUUUGCCUUCUUGCAGUCUGACACUGACUAACAACCUCGACAAAGUGGGCAUAUACCUGGAUUAUGAAGGAGGGCAGGUGUCCUUCUACAAUGCUAAAACCAUGACUCACAUUUAUACCUUCAGUAACACUUUCAUAGAGAAACUUUAUCCCUACUUCUGCCCCUGCCUUAAUGAUGGUGGAGAGAAUAAAGAGCCAUUGCACAUCUUACAUCCACAGUAAUGAGUCAUACUAUUAUACAAACUCAGAGUGUUAUUAAAGAGGUAUUGAAAUAUUUUACCA